UUGGUGUGUCUCAAGCUGGGCGGCGCGUUAGCCCCGAGCGCUAGCAGAGCCCCUGACUAAGGUGUGCUUGACGUUAAUGUUGUUUUAAGCUGGAAGUGCUUCAGUGGAAAGAAAAGUCCUUCCUGCAGAGUUUGCAUGAUACUUAAUGUUUUUGUUUUUGUGCUGAAAUGUCCCACGGAGAGGGCCAACGUGCUGUUUAGCAUCCUCCAUCGACGUGAGCUAACGGCCUCUUGAAGAUCUGGAGGUGUGGAUCUGACCAGCAUUUAGAUAUAGGUCACCGCUUUAAUUUUAGACCAGGUUGCACCUGUCCUUGUCAGUACCGACAGAGUCGGAGCAAAGCCUCAACAAAGUUUGGCAAUUUCACUCUAAAUGUAGUCAGAAAUGAACAACCUGCAGGAAAAUACGGACGCCUCUUCUUCCACUCCUUCUGUAAAAGAGCUGGAGAAGGUUUUGUACGGAGGUAAAAGGUUUGGUAACCACGCGGAUGAAGUCUGGCCCAACCUGUUCAUUGGGGACAUGUCAGUGGCCAAUGAUCGCUACAGCCUGUGGAAGCUGGGAAUCACUCAUGUCUUGAACGCGGCCCACGGGAAGACGUACUGCCAGGGGAGCCACGACUUCUACGGAUCCGGCGUGGAUUAUUACGGAGUGCCUGCAGAUGACUCGCCAUCUUUUGACCUCUCCCGCUACUUCUUCCCCUCCGCCGAGUAUAUUCAUAGCUCACUCGACACCCCUGGCGCUCGGGUUUUGGUCCACUGUGCGGUCGGCGUGAGCAGGUCCGCCUCGCUCGUCCUGGCCUACCUAAUGAUCCGCCAUCAUCACACCCUGCUGGAGGCCAUCGAUAAGGUCAAAGAGCGCAGGUGGAUUUUCCCAAACAGGGGGUUUCUCAAACAGCUUCGUGCUCUGGAUGUGAAACUGAAGCGCGAUGGGCCAGAUGACUCGACGCACUUCGAUCUGGAUGUUUACUUCCAGCCCGCAGCGGAUUUCAUUCACAAAGCUCUGAAGUCGCCCCAUGGGAAAGUUCUGGUGCACUGCAUCAUGGGAAUGAGCCGCUCGUCGACCUUGGUGUUGGCGUACCUCAUGAUCUACCGUCGCAUCCCGCUCCAGAGGGCUUUGCAGAAGCUGAUCCAGAAAAGAGCCAUCUACCCCAACAGGAAUUUCCUGGCUUUGCUGCUGGACCUGGAUCUUCAGCUGACGAAAAAAAAGAAAACGUCUCGGGUGGUGUUCAUCGCCCUUAAACAACUGCAAAGGGGAAGAAGAGUUGUUUUUUUUUUCUUUAACCUGUUUAAUGAAAUAAAAGCAGAAGUGGAGAAUCCAGAUCCAGACAUGCCCAGAGGCCUCAGCUGCCUGGCGAGCCCUGAGGGGCCACAGAUCAGGUAUGAGACACCUCCAGCUUCAGAGCUCCAGAGGCUGAUGUGGACAAAGAAAGGGACCAGCAAUCACCUGGACGAGGUCCAACCCAGGAUCUACAUCGGAGACAUGCACGCAGCCAAAGACAAGAGGACUCUCCAGGCCCACCUCAUCACCCACGUGCUCAACGCUGCUGACGGCAAGUUCAACGUGAACACGGGGCCCGGCUUCUACCGAGACACCAAAAUCACUUAUCACGGAGUGGAGGCUUUUGACAUGCCGUCCUUUAACUUGAGUCCCUUCUUUUACCCGGCGGCCAAUUUCAUCAAGAAAGCUCUAAGCUCGCCCACAGGUAAAGUGUUUGUCCACUGCGCGAUGGGCCUCAGCCGCUCGUCCACCCUGGUGCUCGCUUACCUGAUGAUCCACGAGAACAUGACGCUGGUGGACGCCCUCAAAGCCGUCGGCGCCAACAGGAACAUCGCGCCCAACAACGGUUUCCUGGAGCAGCUCAGGGAGUUGGACAUGAAGCUGCACUGCCAGGGGUCGUCACGGAGCACGAACGGAAGGACUUAAGUCAGACAUGUGUGUCGUAUUGUUGCCUCUGCCUAGUUUAAAGGAGGCGUUUCAGUGAAAAUAUGAAUGUUAAAGAUGUACAAAUUGUCUUUGCUUUGUCAGAGAAAUGUAAUUUACGUGAAGAAACUCAUAAACAACAAUAUAUUAGGAAUAAAAGAAGUUGUGAAGUUGC